AUGGUUCGCCGGACAUACGAGGUGCCUCGUCUUACCCGUGUUGUGAAGUCCAACCUCCCUGAUAUUUGGACGUUCCACACUCCUUCAUGGUCGGAUCUCCACUCGAAAGUAUCGGAACUCAACACUACAGCUGGGAACGAAACAUCCUACAAGGUUCUGAUUCUUGGAAGACAUGGACAAGGAUAUCAUAAUGUGGGUGAGGCGAAACAUGGAAAUACGUACAGACACUGGGCUCUUCUGAACGGAGACGACCAGAUAACCUGGGGCCCGGAUCCCAUCCUCACGCCAUUGGGCGAGGAGCAAGCGCGGACCGCUCAUGCUGCCUGGAAGACCGAGCUCGCAAAUGGGCUUACUCUUCCGCAAAAGUUUUACUGCAGCCCCAUGGCCCGUGCCCUCCGUACACAUACGAUUACAUUCGAUGGCAUUUUACCUGCCUCAGAUCGCAAGACGAUCAUCCUAGAGGAUGCUAGAGAAGAGUAUGGAGAACACACAUGUGACAAGCGACGUUCGCGCGCUGCGAUAGCAGCGGAUUUCCCUGAUUUCGUGUUCGAGAAUGGCUUUGCAGACGAGGAUGUGCUCUGGACAAAGGAGAGGGAGACUAAGGAGAGCGCCGAGAGGCGGGCACGGAAUGUCUUGGACAGAAUCUUCGAUGCCGAUACUGACGCAACAUACGUGUCCAUUACUGCCCAUGGGGGAAUUAUUAACGCUAUUUUACGGGUUGUCGGGCGCGGUAACUUUGGCAUGACCACCGGAGGUAAGCACCCACCGCUUAGAAUUUGGGGCGUUAACUGA